CUUCUUUCGGAGUCCGGCUUGGAGUGGAGGGGGAAAAAAAAAACCCUUUUAGUUUCGGGUUUGUGUCUCUCUGUUACAAGAGGAAGGAGGUCGCCGCCUGAUUCAGAUGGAGGUGCGUGUUUGUUUUCUGCGGCUCCGCGGUGCGCUUUGAGGGAAGACGAGGAAGAGGACGUGAUUUUUUUUAUACCUCGCGGCUUCGUCGGACUUAUCAGAGAGAGAGAGAGAGAGAGAGAGAGGGAGCAGGGAAGAUAACUGUGAGUGUGACUUUGGCAUCUCUAAGGAGAAAGGGGGGUUCCUGAGGGUACCAGCCAGGGGAGGGGGGUCCUGCUCCGAACGUGCCUGCGUUGGAUGAGCUGACUUCCCCCGGAGAGGAGAGGCUCCAGGCUCCGGACGGGCCGCGGCGAGGGCAGAGCCAGGUUCUCGGCACCGGAUUCUGGGCUCCGUCCCUGGCCAGAUCACCAGCUCCCCUCCACAGAGGAGCAGAGGCUUGGGGGGUUCCCCUGGCCAUUAGAUCUCUGACCAGUGUAACUUUUCCUCCACUGACCAUGUACCCACAGGGUAGACACCCGGUUCCCCUGCAGCCUGGCCAGUCCUUCAAGUUCACCGUACUGGAGACGCUGGACCGCAUUAAGGAGGAGUUCCAGUUCCUCCAGGCUCAGUACCACAGCCUGAAGCUGGAGUGCGAGAAGCUCGCGAGCGAAAAGACGGAAAUGCAGAGGCACUACAUCAUGUACUAUGAGAUGUCAUACGGACUCAACAUUGAGAUGCACAAGCAGGCGGAGAUUGUAAAGCGUCUCAGUGCUAUCUGUGCUCAGAUCAUCCCUUUCCUCUCUCAGGAGCACCAGCAGCAGGUGGUUCAGGCAGUGGAGAGAGCAAAGCAGGUCUCAAUGGCAGAGCUUAAUGCCAUCAUUGGGCAGCAGCAGCUCCAACACCUGUCUCACCACACCUCGGGCCUCCCGUUAACGCCCCACCCAUCGGGCCUGGCCCUGGGUGGAGGCUCCGGCCUGCUGGCUCUCACGGGGGCGCUGGGCGUCUCCGCCCACCUGAGCAGCAAGGAUGAGCGCAACCACCUGGAUGCCGAGCACCUUAGAGAGGGUGCGCCCAGCAGGAGUAAGUCAGUGUCGUCAACAGACAGCCAGGCGGUAGAGGAGCGCCAGGGUCCGUCGGGCGUCUACCCCACGCAGAGCAGCAGCGACGUCAAGAGACGACGCUGCGACGACAAAGAUUGCCCUCCGCAUUACGACAGUGAUGGUGAGAAGAGUGAAGACAACCUAGUGGUGGACGUGUCUAAUGAGGACCCGUCCUCUCCCGUGGGCAGUACCCCCCGCUCUCCUCAUGGUAAUGGCUUGGACAGAGUCCCCACGCUGAGGAAGGAGCUGCCCCGGUCCCCUUCGCCUACUGCCCCCAGCCCCCCUCUGGGCAAGGGCAAGGAUCCAGCACAGACAGAUAAAUGCCAGUCUCCUUCCUCCAAGUCGGGCAGCAGUUCUCCUUCUCACCGUGAGGCUCUUACGCCCGGUGCGCCGGGGCCCAGCACUUCCUGUCUGCGGCUGGUCACCAAGCCUGCGUCCUCAGCUGACCCUCUGGCUUUGCGCAGUCCUCUGUCCAUGACCUCCACCACCUACCCCACCCACUUUGGGGUGGUGUCCCACGCUGGGCUCAACGGAGAGUUGGCCAGUCCGGGUGGGUUUGGGGGAUCGCUCACCCUCUCACCCCAAAUCAGUACAGCAGCCAACGCCUACACACGCAGCCCAAUGGUGGCGUAUGAAUCACGCUCACACAUGAGGCCCGCCGGGCUGUCCUCUUCUCUGCCUGGUGCCAGCGGGGGCAAGCCGGCCUACUCGUUCCACGUGAGUGCGGAUGGGCAGAUGCAGCCGGUGCCCUUCCCCCCCGAUGCCCUCCUGGGCCCUGGCAUCCCGCGCCACGCCCGCCAGAUCCACACCCUCAGCCACGGGGAGGUGGUGUGCGCCGUCACCAUCAGCACCUCCACACGGCACGUCUACACCGGGGGCAAAGGAUGCGUCAAAGUCUGGGACAUCAGCCAGCCGGGCAGCAAGAGUCCCAUGGCCCAACUCGACUGCCUGAACAGGGACAACUAUAUACGCUCAUGCAAGCUCCUUCCGGAUGGGCGGACCUUGAUAGUGGGAGGUGAAGCCAGCACUCUGUCCAUCUGGGACUUGGCCACACCCACCCCCCGCAUUAAGGCGGAGCUGACGUCCUCUGCUCCAGCAUGUUACGCGCUGGCCAUCAGUCCAGACAACAAGGUCUGCUUCUCCUGCUGCAGUGACGGCAACAUCGUCGUCUGGGACCUGCACAACCAGACGCUCGUCAGGCAGUUUCAGGGCCACACAGACGGAGCCAGCUGUAUCGACAUCUCCAACGACGGCACCAAGCUCUGGACGGGGGGACUGGACAACACGGUGCGCUGCUGGGACCUGAGAGAGGGCAGACAGCUCCAGCAACACGACUUCACCUCCCAGAUCUUCUCCCUGGGCUACUGUCCUACGGGAGAGUGGCUUGCCGUGGGCAUGGAGAGCAGUAAUGUUGAAGUGCUGCAUGUCUCCAAACCAGACAAGUACCAGCUGCACCUCCACGAGAGCUGCGUGCUCUCACUCAAGUUUGCCUACUGCGGAAAGUGGUUUGUGAGCACAGGAAAAGACAAUCUGCUGAACGCGUGGAGGACGCCGUAUGGAGCCAGCAUCUUCCAGUCCAAGGAGUCGUCCUCUGUCCUGAGUUGCGACGUCUCCCCCGAUGACAAGUACAUAGUCACAGGUUCCGGAGAUAAGAAAGCCACCGUGUACGAGGUGGUGUACUGAGCAGGGGACGGAGGGAGGCAGAAACGGAUGGAUGGAAGAACGGACGAAUGAAGGAAGAGGCACUACCAGGAUCGUGACCGUGGCGGCUGCCGUGGGCAACCAUGGGUACUCCCCCAAACCCCCCCCCCCCCUUCCAAUUUCACACAGUCCCCCGAGCCUCCACAGACUCCCCCUUUCCCAGCCCCAUUUCUCCUUCUCUGGGGAAGAAAGAGAGAGAGAAAGAGAGAGAGAGAGAGAGAGAGAGAGAGAGAGAGAGAUGGAUGGAUGAAGAAAAGGGAGGUGGGGGCACACUUAGCACGGUCUCUAGAUGACGAGCUCGGCAGAGAGGAGAAGGCCCACGAGAGACAGCAAGAACCUGUGGGAGAUGCAGCUCGUCAAAACAGAUAGCAGACAAUCGAUAUGUUAGUCCAACACUGGCAGAGGCAAUGCGCCCAGUUCCUUCCCCCCUAAACCAGAGACUGCAGAAUGGGCGAACCACGGCCUGGAACUGGAUGGGGCUGGAGGAACCCGGCUGAGAUGCGGCUCCACAUCCGUGACACGUUGCAUUCUCUUAAGGUAUUUCUCAAAUGAAUUCUCGUUCCUGGUUUUUAGCUCCAUCUUCCCUUGAGAGACUCUGACAGAGUCUAAUGAAGAGCAGGUUAAACUCUCAGUGGGUUUCUUGUCACAAUGAAGAACAGCAUUUUUCAUUGUAAGUCCACUAGACUAUUUCAUACACAUGCCACUUAAAUCAUGCAUCUUACAUGAAUUGAGCGCAAGGCUCUUUGUGGAUUAUUUCAACAUGAAAACUUUUUUAUUCAUUAAAAAAAUACUGUUGACCACAGAUUCCUACACUACAGUGCUGAAGCUUAUGUUUUAAUUAGGUAUAAAGCAUGAAAACAGCUUAAACCAUUACUUGUAACAAUGUUAUAAAAAUAACCAUUCUUCAUGCAGCCAAACUCAGGUUAGUUUUAAGACUUAGAGGACCUAAGCUAUACCCCUGCUGUACCCCACCAUUUAAAGAGCUGUGGUUGCCCACUCACCCUGUUCUGUUUGAAGCACACUGAACAGUCCGUGCACCACUAACCCUCCAGGGAGCAUGAUUUUUUGGUUAAAGAGUUCUUUUUUUGGUUAAAGAGUUUUGCUUUUUUGAUUUGUGAACCAGACCGCUUCUCUCAGAAUCUCAAAAAUAUCUUUUGGAUGGUCUUAAAUAAUUUUUUGCUUGCUACCUUUCCAAACAAGAAAACCUGUAUGAUUUUUUUAAAUGGAAAUUAGUAAUAGUGCUACAGUGUAUGGUUCAGUCUAUUGUUAUGCACAGUAUGGUGUAUUUUUCCCUUUCUAUAAAUGGCUGCCCAGAGAUGGAGCGAUGCGUCUCGUAUAAGACAGACCUUCUCCGCUGUAUCAUCAUCUUCGUCAUGCUAUUGGAAUAUCUGUAUCUACUGUUGCCUAACGCUUUUAUUACCAUACUGAAAAGUGUCCAGUACUCUCUCUCUCUCCCAGGCCAAGGACAUUUUUUUGCAAAGGCACAGCUGUGAUAUUCCCCCCCCCCCGUAGCACUUCCUGUGUGAUGUACUAGACAUGCAUACAUUGACAAUUAAACUUGUGCUCAUCUUUUAAA